UAAUUUUGCAGCUUUUAUAUUGUUGUGCAACUUAACUUCUUGUUUUGGAUAUUGUGUUUCAUACUUCAUUACGAUCUCAAAUAAUUUACUAGUUAACAUGUCUUAUUUACUCCUACGAAUAUUGCUUGUGUUUCACACUGUGACCUUUUGCUUUGUUUACUUUUAGUUGUUAGAUUUACAAUUUCCCUCCCUUCUGAUUAAUAUAGAGUGGACUUUAUAUGAACAAGUUGCUAUUGCUGCGAUGGACUACCAGCGUCUUGAUGUGGCAAAGGAGUAUAUCAAGGUCUUGCAGGGACAGUUCCAUGAGAGUAAAGGAGUUGGUGAGUCUAUGUAGAAGAUAAUGUGAUGUGUGUUAUGUGUAACCAUGAGAACUCAACUUUUUUCAUACUUGAGGAUCUACAGCUAGUUUUACUGUCACGUUGAUAUAGUGCUCUAGUGACUUCCAAAUCAUAUUAAGGAAUCUGUACAUUUAUCAGCAAAUAUAGUCUUUCAUGUGCUUAUGAUUCUGUCAUCAAUUUCAUGAAUGUACACCAUUUUAGAAUUUAGAUAUAAACAAGUAAGUGAUCCUUGUUUUACCUGUUUGCGAGAUUGUUAAUGGUUCUAUUUAUUAGCAAAUAGUGGUGCUGGGCAAUUACAAAAGUAAAAACCCCAUAAACAGGGGCAUACAUCUAUCAUAAGAUAUUGAAGUAACAUGAGGAGAGUAUAUGAGCAAAAAUGUAGGGAACAUCUUUGAAUGGUGAACAAGAUAUGCGAGGGCGUAUUGCUUAAUGAUAAAUUAGGGUAAAGAAAAACAUUCAGCUCUGAAAAUGUAAACAAGUAGGUGCUUAAUGAUAAAUAGAGACAACAUUUCUAAUUUGAAUCUGUACUGCUGAAAUUCGUCGAUGUUUUACUCCCCCCUUAGGUUAUAUCAGUUUUAAUAGAGAUAGAAAAUCUCCAAUCUCAAACAAUUUUGGCAUUAUUUCACUAGUUAGUAGAUCCUCCAAUUUUUUUAUUAAAAACUAUUGAACUGUUGGGUGUCUAUCACACAUCACUUUCAAUGUCGAGUAUGAGUUUGAUUUGAUAUGAUUGAACUGUAAACCUUUUCUCUUUCAGAUGCUUUACGAAAUAACUUUGGGAUUUGUCAACAUGUUUUUUGGAAAAUUCCUUCCUGGCAUUUUAAACAGUUUCAUUCAGACAUAUGUCACAGAAUGCAUCAAUGUAGACCAGUGUUAAGGACGUUUCCCUUAACAAGCACCGGCGGCGAGUUUCGCUCGGCGGUGGCCAGCCACAAAUUAUCAGGAUAUGCAUGUUUUUCUUGAAAUGAAAUACUCAGGUGAUACACAAAAAGAAGAGUGGCAAUGGCUAAGGCACAAGGAAAUCUCUCAGGAGCAAUUGAGUGGUUGAACAAGUAUCUUGAAAUAUUCAUGGCUGAUCAUGAUGCAUGGAGAGAACUAGCAGAAGUUUAUGUCUCUCUACAGAUGUAUAAGCAAGCUGCCUUCUGUUACGAGGAGCUGCUCUUAUCACACCCUACCAUUCCACUAUACCACCUCUCCUAUGCUGAUGUAAGUAGCUUAUAUGACUUUAUUCACUGAGCUGAUAUAAGUGUAAGGCUAAAACUGUUUUUUAUAUAAAUGGUUUAAGCUGUCAUUAGUUAUCUUUUUUUCUUCGAGGCUGACAUAUAUAGAUCUUGUUAAUUCAUGGUAUAGGGGCAAUGUACUUGUAUUGACAUUUGAGGUUUUAAUCUAUUAGAACCUCAGUGAUAGCUCGUUGCUCGAUUCAGCUGUGUCUCAGGAUUGGUAUUUUUUAGUUGAAUUUCUUGUAAUAGAUUUAUACUUUUCAAAUAGAUGUUGCACUGUGAUUGUUUUUCAUAAAAAAUCAAGGUUUUGUGUUUUAGAUAUUCAUAUUUUUUUGGUAAUAAAACAGAGUUGGGUUAUUUGAUGUC